AAUUCAUUUGAUAUCUUAAGCCUCUUAAAUUUUUAAUUUAAAUUAAAAUAUAAUUUUAUAUAAGAACUUUUAAAUCUCUCUUUUACUUCAGACCUAUAAAGUAACAUAGGGCGUUUACUUUGAUACGAAUUAUAUUUAAAUCCCUUGUUCCGGUCGAUCUCAGAUCUAUAAUUUGUAACUAAGCCAGGGAAAUCGCGGACGUUGAAGAUAAUUUCUUGGACUCACUCCAUGCAAUGAAUAUCGUUAAAGCUGCUGAAGACGCUAUCAGGACUUUGAAAGAAAAUCCCACUCCACGGAUGAUUGAGAUUUGGAAAAAUAUUCUAAGAGACCUCCAUAAUUUCCAGGAGGAAGAAUGCACUACUUCUAGCUCAAAAUUUUCAUUCGAUGAAAAACAAUUGCGGAUAGGCAAAAAAUUAGUGGUUUCACUGUCGGCGAAAAUUGGCCAAGGCAGCUAUGGGACAGUUCUCCACUGGGGUUCUUAUGAAGAUAAAGUAGUCAUUGUGAAACGCCUUCCCCAAAGUCAUUUUAAACUGAUUGACAAAGAAAUCGAGAAACUCAUAGCAUCUAAUCAAGACCAGAAUAUUGUAAGAUAUCAUGGGGUGGAACGUGAUAAGGAUUUUAUUUAUCUUGCUCAGGAGCGCUGUGAUUGUAAUUUGGAUGACCUCAUCCAAAUACAUUCUUCGGGUUCCUCUCAAUUUGAGCUUGUAUCAAACGACAUUUAUUGUAGUACGAGCACUGUGACUCUGUAUAAGGAAGACCGCUUGGAGCGAUUAAGGAAUAUUUUGGGAGACGUUAAACUUUGCAAAGAAAAUAAUGGCCGUCCAUCAUCUUUAUUAUUGAAAUUGAUGAGGGACAUAGUAUCUGGACUUGUUCAUCUGCAUGACUUGGGUGUAAUUCACGGAGACUUAAAGCCCCAAAACAUUUUAAUAACUAAGCAAAAAUCUACUUUAUGUGCAAAGCUUUCUGAUAUGGGCAUCAACAAAUGCCUUCUUGAGAACAUGACUUCCUCAGGUUGCAACGCUACAGGCUGGAAAGCGCCUGAACAACUACUUUAUGGGAGACAAACGAGUGCAAUGGAUUUGUUUAGCUUAGGUUGCGUCCUCUUUUUUUGCAUCACUGGUGGUAGGCAUCCAUUUGGGGACCAUGAUGAACGAGACAGGAAUAUUAAGAGAAACAGAAAGCAAGACUUGUUUUUGAUACAGGAUUUCCCGGAAGCUUUCCAUCUUAUUUCUCAUUUAUUAGAACCUGAUCAUAAAAAGAGGCCAAAAGCAAUUGAGGUUUUGAACCAUCCACUCUUCUGGGAUGCAGAGAAGAGGCUUUCUUUCCUGCAUGACACUAGUGAUAGAGUAGGUGAAAACUCUUACCUUCUUAAAGCGCUCGAACGUACAGCACACACAGCUUUAGGUACAAAAUUGAAGGGGAAAGUGGUUCUAACAUGGGAUAACAUGGUGGAUGACAAGAUAAUUAGGCACAUGAGCUCGUACUUAGAAAGGAAUUAUAAGUUUAGCAGUGUUCGAGACUUGCUGCGAUUGAUUCGAAACAUGUUGACUCAUUAUGGACAACUUGAUCAAGAUAUUCAGAUACUUAUCGGAUCACUAUAUGAUGGAUUUGAAGACUAUUUUACAAGUCGAUUCCCAAUGCUCUUGAUGGAAGUAUACAAAGUUGUAUGCACGUACUAUGGAGAAGAGAAGUAUUGCAGGAAAUAUUUCAUGGGAAUUUAUAGCGGUGAAAUGGAUACUAGAUUCUGAAGCAAGAGUAUUUUCUAUCCCUCUUUUGGUGCCAAAUGAGGAAGGAUUCAUGCUUUUAGGUGGGGGAAAAAACAAAAACCAAACGCCACAGAGGAGAUUUUUACAAUUACCCCUCAAAAUCCCCCAAAUAUUAGCCAUUUUAUUUCUACCCCUUUUGAUUAAAUCCAAUUAAAAGCCCAAUAUGUAGAUUACUAAAAUACCCUCAAAGGUAUUUCCAAGAUGUUGGUUCUCUGAUCGCGGGCCGACGACGGCUCUCCUGUGGUCAUUCGGCGUGUCUCCAGUGGCCGACGGCGGAACUUCAGCAGCCAUCCAGCAGGAUCUCCGGCGGCUUGCCGAUCGUAGUCUAUCAGAUUAUAACUUAUAGUUUGACAAAUUACACCGGAGCCAGCUAUAGUCUGUGAUAC